CAUUUCGGAGAACAUUUGUGGAGAGACGCUCCUAAGGAUGUCCGCGGCUCUGCGCGCUCAGCUCUUUCUCUGUCUUGUUUCCCUGCUAUCUGGAAUUGGACUCACUCGUUACAUCGAGGACAUCGAUGCUUCGGAUGGAUUGUAUUCUCUGAUCAGUUUGGCCCAGAAAAGAGACUCAGAGGAUUUUAUUUUUCGCCGACCUCUUAGAUGCUUGGACAUGCUGGCAACUGAAGGCUAUUUCACAUUUGUUGCAACUCGGCCACAGCUGGCUUGUGCUGCCUUCAUCAUCGCUGAGCCCAGUGAGGUCAUCAUUCUUGAGCUCUCUGACGUCAGCAUUGACUGCAGUGCUGGAGACUUCAUUAAGAUUUUUGACGGCUGGGUUCUGAAAGGUGAGAAGUUCCCCAGCAGCAAUGACCAUCCUCUCCUCCCACACGAGCGCUACACAGACUACUGCUCGUCUGCUGCAUCAACAGUCUCCGGCCGGUCCUCCCAGAAUGUUGCCAUGAUCUUUUUUCGCAUUCAUAGCCCUGAGAGUGGCUUCACCCUUGCUGUUAAAAAAGUGAACAACCCUUUCCCCUGCAACAUUAUGUCCCAAAAUCCAGAGGGCAGUUUCACCAUGGUGAUACAGCACCAGCGCCGCAACUGCAGCUUCUCCAUCAUCUACCCAGUGGAGAUCCGACUCACGGAUCUGAGCUUAGGGGAUGCCAAAAACAAUGAGAUCAGCCCGCUGAGACAGAUAUGGCCAGGCUGCUCAGGAUCUGGUGACUAUGUGGAGCUGCUGGGAGGAAAUGGAGUAGACACCUCCAAGAUGUUCCCUGUAGCCGAUCUGUGUUUCUCCCUCAGUGGGCUCGAUUUCAGCCAAAGUGGCACACAGCUCUCUGUGCCCAUGGGCUUGCCCUCUCUCCUUCCCUCAGCAGCCCUCAAUGUCGGUCUGGGGAGCCCCAACAUCAUUUGUCAGGGCCGCAUUGGCCCGGUUUCCCGAACGGGCAGAACCAACAGAUCCAGGGUUCCAGGAAUCCUCAGAGCGUUCAGGGUGGUUCAGAGUUCUGAGUCCAGCAUCGAGCUCAGACAGACACGCUCAAAUGAAGACAGGCAGGCUCAGUAG